UCAUAUAAGUUAACCGAAGUUUUGAGAGAGAGCAAAACUUCUGCGUACAUGCGUGACAGAGAUGGCUUAACCCCUAUUCUAAGAGCAGCUCACUGUGGUCAGAUAUGGCUAGUUGCUCGGAUUGGUAAAAUGUAUCCAAAAUCAAUAUAUAUAAGUGAUUACAAAGGGAAAACAGUGCUGCACCAUCUAUGUAGUUCAGCCUUAGAUGUGGUCAAUGAGUUAGAAACCGUAUUACAACUAUGGGAGCAAGUUUCCGAGACGUUUCCUAAUGGCGAUGACCUGAUGUUCUCACAAGAUCAUGAUGGAAACACACCAUUACAUAUUGCCAUCAUGGCUCAGAACUUUAGAGUUGUACAUUAUUUCAUCAGAUAUUAUAUUAAGGUAAAGUCGAGCUUAAAGAAUGAGUUGAUGGGUCUUAUGAACAAUGACGGAAAGUCAAUCAUGAAUUUAGUUACAUGUGGAUCAGACAUUCCCCCGAACCUGAAGAAAUUGAUAGAACAAGCAAGUAUGGAAACUCCAAUGGAGGACGAUAUCUAUGAGGCAGCUACAAAAGGAGAUAUCAAUGUGAUUAAGGAACAUAAAUACCGCUUGCAAUGUCAAGCACAUGAUGGAAGUAAUAUCUUGCAUAUAGCAGUUCGGCACAGGAAAUUAUCCUUACUUAUGGCAGUUGUAGAAAGGAGCUACUUAUAUCCUCUUAUCUAUUGGGAGGACUCUAAAGGAGAUACCCCUCUACACGUCGCUGCUGGGUUACAAGCGCCUGAAGCAUUACAAUUCGUUGAACAAUGUGUCAAAAAGUGGGAUCCGUAUGACGGACUCCUACCAUGGACAGUGAGAAAUAUGAAAGGAAAUACGGUCCUUCAUGAAGCAGCAAGGUUUUGUAAUUAUGAGUUUAUAUCAUCAGCAUUAAAAUACGCCACUGACAUCAAUGAUGUGAAGCUAAAUCAAAAAAUCAUCAAGGAUGUGAAUGACGAUGGUGAGACUGUUCUGCAUAUAAUAGCAAGAUAUGCCACAUAUAAAGCAAAGGAUUUCUUAGAGAAAGUUUCAAGAUAAUUGAAGUCUCUUGUUUACAUGCGUGAUUAUGAGGGAUUCACUCCGGUUUUAAGAGCAGUACAAUGUGGGCGACUUGGGGUAGCCAGGCUUCUAGUUCAACGGUAUCCUCAAUCAGUUGAGAUUGCAGAUAAUAAAGGCAAGACAAUUCUGCACCACAUGAAGUCUUUGGUAGUAGAUCUUGUCGAUGAUUUGAAAGAUAUAGUGCCAGUUUGGAAGGAUAUUUUAAAUUAUCCUGAAGCUGAUAACCUUAGAAAUGCUCAAGAUGAAGAUGGAAACACACCCUUGCAUCUAGCCAUUGCCGAUGCCAAUGUUGCUAAGGCAAAAUUUCUCAUAGAAAGGUGUCUCGAGUCAACCAAUAAACAAGAGUUAGAUAUCAACAACAAUGACGGUCACACGGUUUUUGAUCUACUCUCAUCACGCUCCCAUAUACCAGCCACGAAAGAACUGCAACAGCUGGUGAGCAUAAGUUAUGUCAAAGAGAGAGCACUCGUAUAUGAUAUGAUGGACGACGUCCUCUACAAUGCAGCAGUAAAAGGGGACGUCCAGAUAUUUGUAAAGGUCCCUAUGGAUUUAGAAAGUCAGCCCCCAACAUCUGUCGAAGCAUAUUUUUGCCGUCAAACACCAGGUGGAAGCAAUAUAAUUCAUAUAGCCCUCAGACAUGGGAGUCCAAAAGUAAAACAAUUUGUUAAGACGGCUCUAACACACUACCCAAUUCUCAGCAUGCGACCAGAUAAUAAUGGAGAUACGCCUCUUCACUUAGCUGCUAAGUGGAAGACUGGUUUAUCAUCAGUGGAAGUACUAAUAGAAGCCUCGAAACGCUUUAUAAACGAGCUGGGUGAGAGUCAUAAAGCUUUCUAUGUUGCCCCAUGGAAGGUGAAAAACUACAAGGGUAAUUUUCCAAUUCACGAAGCUUUACAAUCUAACAACUUGAAAGCUGCGGAACAUUUGCUCGGAUGUGAUGUUGAGGCGGCUUCUCGUGUUAAUGACUUGGGCGAGACUCCACUUCAUGCUUUUUCCAAAAACGGCUUUGCCAUCAAUAACAAGAAGGAAGCAGAAAGAUUUGUGGAAAAAUUGAUCAUUGCAAAAACAAAGGAAGAUGAUAGCAGUAAUACAGCAUCGUAUAUAAGAGAUGAUGAAGGCCUCAAUCAAAAUGCUUAUAAUUCUGCGUAUAUACAAGAUGAUGAAGGCCUUAGUCAAAAUGCUUAUAAUUCUGCAUAUAUACGAGAUGAUGAAGGCCUCACACCGUUAUUGAGGGCAGCAAGGUCCGGUCGUCUUGAGGUCGUACGAGCUAUACUUACACAUUGCCCUCAAUCAGCAUACCUCCGUGACCCAUGGGGCAGGACCUUUUUGCAUCUUUUGCGUUUUACAGGUGAGGAUAUUGAUGAGAGUUUGGAUGGGAAUUUCGAGAAAACAGGGAAAGAAUUAUUUGUACUUCGUGAAGCAGAUGCCCAAAGGUUGGUGCAAGAUUAUGAGGGGAAUACUCCCCUCCAUUACGCCAUUAAGACUCAAAAUUCUAUUGCUGCAAUUGUAUUAACUCAAAGGUGUUUAGAAGAUGAAGAGCAUAAAGAACUUGGAUUGGUGAAUAGAGACGGUCAAACUGUUUUAGAUCUACUUGCAUUACAUGACGUCCCAAACGAGAUUAUACAGCAAAUUCGGAAGAAACUGCCCAAAGAAGUUUACUUAGCUCGAAGCUCAUAUGGUAUACGCAACACAGAAAUGAACCAAUCAGCGAACGCUCUCUCCGUGGUUGCUGCCCUCUUGGGGACCAUAACUUUUGCAGCUGGAUUGCAGGUGCCCGGUGGAUUUGAUAGCGAUGACGGAUCCCCUGUCCUUUUGACAAAUGCAGUUUUUGCCGCUUUCAUGGUGGCCAAUACCAUUGCGAUGUGCUGCUCUAUGCUUUGCCUCUUCUUACUCCUAUUGGUAGGUAUCCGCAAAAGUCACGGGUCGCUCAUGAUAUUAGAUAUCUCUAUAAUUCUGCUUGAAUUUUCCUUCUACCUCACCAUGCUGGCAUUCACACUCGGCGUGUUUGUGGUAACUCUGCAAAAGAGUUUAUGGUUGGCUGUCUUAGUCUGUGUACUCUCCUUUAUUACCUUCCUUCUCACAUGGAAAUGUUCAAUAAAGCUAGUCAUUAAAUUUGUUGAGAGUAUUGUUGCUGCUGGAAAAAAGCUUGCAUCAUGUUGUGCUAGUAAGUCCGCUGAUACGGAGGGGCCUGUGUAGGAGACAACCGAACAGAAAAAUGAAAGCAUUCUGUGGUUAAUAAGUAAUAAGUGCAGCAAUACAGCAUGAUGCGGCUAAUUGAGAACAAAAUAAAAGGAUUGAAUUUGCAAUCUAUCUGUAAGGUUUAACAUGUUUUCUAUACUUGGAUCAUUUGUUGGCAUGGUUUAUGUCAAUUAUUUUCUGAAUUUCUCUCUCUUUUACGA